AUGGAGUGUAACAAGGAUGAAGCUGUGAGGGCUAAGCAAGUUGCAGAGAGUAGAAUGCAAAAGGGUGAGUAUGUGGAGGCGCUGAAGUUUGCUAUCAAGGCCAAAAAACUGUACCCGGAUGUUGAAAACAUUGCUCAGAUCCUUGCAGUUUGUGAGGUUCACAGUGCUGCACUGAACAAACUCUCGAGGGCCGAAAUGGACUGGUAUGGAAUUCUUCAGACAGAGAAACUCUCCGAUGAAGCAGUCAUAAGAAAACAGUACAGAAAGCUUGCACUGCUACUUCAUCCCGAUAAAAAUAAAUUUGCUGGUGCAGAAGCUGCUUUCAAGUUGAUUGGGGAAGCCAAUGGGGUGUUGAAUGAUCAAUCAAAGCGAAUUUUACAUGAUAUGAAAGUUAGAGCCCAUUUACAAGAAAUGAAAGUCAAAGCCAAUUUGAAAGCUGCAGUACCUAAUACCUCAUCUCAUCACUCAAAUGGGAAUGUGUUUGCUGCAAAUCAAGUUCCAAAUGCUACAAAACAUCGGAAAAAUGUUUCUUCAAAUGUCCCAUGUGAACCCAAUCUGAAGCUUCAGACAUUCUGGACAGCUUGCAAUCACUGUAAUACCAGGUUCCAGUUCUACAUAUAUGUUAAGAAUAGAGCCUUAGUCUGUCAAAAUUGUAAGAAAAGCUUUAUAGCUUUUGGUAUGAUUCCACAGACUACCUCAUCAUAUGUACCAUCUGGUGCCUCAAAAGCGGUUCCUACGCAGGUCCCACCAAAUCCAGGCUCAACAAGUAAAGAUGGAAAACCCCUUGGCGGUGGAAGUCAGGAUACUUUUGUGCGGUCUACCCCAUCUAUGAAAACCUGUGCCACUGGAGUUGGUAAGGAUAAUAAAGAUGAAAAGAGUAAGGAUGGCUAUGUUCCCGUGUCCAAACCAAAGGAGUCUCAGGCCUCAAAGAAUGUUGGAAGUAAGAGAGUGAGACAACCAGAACCAGAUUCAAAAGAGAGGUUCAACACUAGAAAUAAUGAUGAAAAUCAAGAUCCUUCAAGGUUGAACGUUAGAAGGUCUUCCAGACAAAAGCAACAUGUUUCAUAUGUGGAAAACCGUGAAGAUGAAAGUUAUGAUGUUACUUCCAAAAAGCCUCGUAAAAAUGAGUCAUUUAACAAUGAUGAAGUUGAGGAAAAGAAUGUGUCUGAAGAAACAAUUUUAAGGAAUACUAGCAAAGAUGAGCCUUCUCAUGUUCAAGGAGACAAGGUAUUGGAGUCAGAUCAUGAUCCUAGAAGGUUCAAAGAGCAAAACUUCUCUCCAUUGAAUUCAGAUAUUCCUUCUAGCCCAGAGAUAAUUUAUUGCCCUGAAACAGAAUUCAAUGAUUUUGAUAAGAACAAGGCUGAGGAUUCUUUUGCUGUUAAUCAAUUAUGGGCAAUUUAUGAUACCUCUGAUGCUAUGCCAAGAUUUUAUGCUCUUGUCAAGAAAGUAGCCUCCCCUUUCAAUCUGCAUAUUAUAUGGUUGGAAGCUGACCCAGAUGAGGAUGAAGAGGUUGAUUGGUACAAUGCAGAUUUGCCUAUUGCUUGUGGUAAAUUCAAACUUGCUAACUCUCAGAAAACUACAGACCUUGGUAUGUUCUCUCAUCAAAUUCAGUGUAUAAAAGGAAAUGGCAAAAAAUCUUUCCUAGUGUAUCCCAAAAAGGGAGAAACUUGGGCAGUUUUCAGUAAUUGGGAUAUCAAUUGGAGUUCUAACCCAGAAAAUUUUCUUAAGCGUGAAAUUGCUUAUGUGGAAAUUGAAUCCGAUUUUUCUGAAAAUGUUGGCAUUGAAGUAUCUCUCCUAGGCAAAGUGAAAGGCUUUACGAGUCUCUUUGAGAAGUCUGGAAAGAAUGGAGAGAAAACAUUCUGUAUUCUACCAAAGGAGAUAUAUAGAUUCUCACAUCAAAUUCCUUCAUACAAGAUGACCGGUGAUGAAAGGGAAGGUGUUCCCAGAGGAUGUUUUGAACUUGAUCCUGCAGCCCUGCCAGCCAACGUCUUUGAAGCUUCUGAAGAAUAG